AUGGUUUGGUCUUCGGUUUUCGACAAGCGCCGAGCUGAUUCCACCCCGCACUCGGCUCCGCCUCCUCCGGCGGGGAACUUGGAAGUGGAGGAGCCCUUGUACGAGAAGCGCAUACGUCUCCACAAGAGGGCUAGGGACGCGAGCACUUCGAGUGAGCAGGCUUUGUACAAUAAUGUGCUUGGGGAACCUGGGCCGUUGGGUCUUCGCCUCAGGAAGAGUCCGUCUCUACUUGAUAUGAUUCAGAUGAUGCCUUCUCAGUCAAAUGCAGAUAAAACUUUAUGCGUCACAAGCUUGAAGGGCUCGAAAGUUGGUGAAAAAUCAAAUUUCUCAGCUUCUUUGAACUCAUUGAGCAAGAUCAAAGCUUCGCAUUUUCAUGCGUCAUUAUUGAGGAUUGGGACAUGGGAGUUUGUGUCUAGAUCUGAAGGUGAUUUAGUGGCGAAAUGUUACUUCGCCAAAAGUAAACUUCUAUGGGAAUUUCUCGAAGGUGGCUUGAAGAGCAAGAUUGAGUUUCACUGGUUCGACAUUACUGCAAUUAAGACAGUAUUUUUUGAAGGUGGCCAUGGGGCUUUGGAUAUUGUGUUGGCAAGACCACCUCUUUUCUUCCGAGAGAUUGAUCCUCAACCAAGGAAGCAUAUACAGUGGCAAGCAACUCAAGAUUUUACCAAUGGCCAAGCAUGCAUACACAGGAGGCAUCUACUUCAAUGUCCUCAGACCUCGUUGAGCAAGAAUUUUGAGAAACUUAUUGAUUGUGAUCCUCAUUUGAAACAACUUAGUCAGCAACCUGAUAUUAUAUUAGAAUCACCUUACUUUGAUCCGCUACUUAGUCAACAACAUGAUAUUAUAUUAGAAUCGUCUUACAUUGAUCCGUUACUUAGUCAGCAAUCUGAUAUUAUAUUAGAAUCACUUUACUUUGAUCAUCAGUACCAUGAUGUUAUAUUAGAAUCAUCUUACUUUGAUCCUCAGUACUCAGUUUUGGAAGAUCAAAAUGAUUUUAAAAGUCAUAUUAAUGAAGUUAUUAAGGAUGAUUCUAGAACCACUUUCUCCGACUUUUACAAACCUGGUCCCCCUAGCGCAACAUCAUCAAUCUCCAAUAAGGCGGAAACACAGGAUUCUCUCGGGAGGACACCUGCUUUUGAUUCAAAAUACACUCCUUCACCAUGCUCAGUUGAGGAGUUGGCUUCAGGAAAUACAUCAUUGCCUUGCGACACUCUAUUCGACAAACAGAUGGACUAUAUAUCACAAUUACUUGACAAUGAUUCUCAGUCUUCUGUUGCUUCUGAUGAACAAUCCAUCAUCUCGAGGGUCAAUUCCCUUCGCCGCCUGAUCCAACAAGAUACAGUGACCAGUACGACGACAAAUAGCCAAGUGAAUGAUCAGGAUGGCAAUGCCAACGAUGCACAAGUUGGUGCUGGAUCCUACGAUGAACCUUAUUCAACACCAAAGGCCGAGCUAUUAUUGGAAUUUAUGAUGAUUCCUCGAGUAGCCUCGUUUCCACGAGUUCUUUCUCAAUCCUACUUGAUGUAG